AGAUGCUUUUAUUGUUUUAAUUUGGAGAUUUUCUUCUCACCCAAGAGUGAGGGAGCGCUACAUGUAAAGGUAAAUGUGUAAAACAAUGUAAAAAAAAAAGUAUCAAGGUAGUAAAUAUUAACAGGUAAAUGUACUUAAAGUAUCAAAGUAAUAUGUGACACGGAGGCCACUUGGAGAGAUAGCUGCUGCUGUACCAGUUGCUGAUCUUUAUCUCAUUAGAUGGUCAGUUAGCUCCAUCUAGUGGACAGAUAGUAGAAGUCCAUCAUCUGAUGGGGGACUUCUCUGACACUGACUGGGUGUGUGGACAGGUUGGACUGGUUCUGACGUCUCUCUGACUCUGAAGUUAUGAACUGUGACGGCGUCUUCAGAUCAAAUGCACAUGGACACCAGGACUGACGAGGGCCAAUGAGCAGCUUCUUCUCUCCCAGUGUUUCCUCGACACAUGAAGGAGGAAAGUGUCUGGAAAGUGACCUGAAGAGACUUCAGCAGUGAACUAUGGAACAGUUUAUUGAAGACUCCAGCCUCGAGGACUGGAAGGUGAUUGGCUCCGGAGGUUUCGGACAAAUCUACAAAGCCAGGCAUCGUCAGUGGGCCUGUGACGUGGCCAUUAAAAUGCUUCGUCAUGACGAUGGGACCAAUGCAUCUUUGCUGCGUGAGAUCAAGAGGAUGCAAGAAGAAGUUAUUCGUGUCCUAGGCGUCUUCAAGGGUCUACCGCCAAACACCAAGUCUGGCUUUUCAGCACAGCUUGGUGUGGUCAUGGAGCUCAUGGAGAGAGGAUCACUGGCCUCCCUACAGCUUACAGAUUUUGGCCUUUCCCAGAUUACCUACAGCGUCACACAGGUUUCCAAGAAGGACGAUAAAGAGGGAGGGGGGAGCCUCUGAUAUCUACAGGUACAAGAGGCCCGAAACAGCACAUAGAUAAGAGCAUUUUAUUUAUCAUACAAUAAAUAAUAACAGGAGACGGGAUCAGUCCUGCCCCCAUGUCUACCAAGUCUAGUGCAGGUUCAGUCUUGACAGGAAGUCAAAAGAUCAGUGACAUAGUCCUUUACAGGUAAGAGUAUUAUAGUAUAUAUACUCAGGUGACUUCAGGCACUGAUUUUAUUGUUGUCACUUCUUUUAAAUUCAACAACACUGAUUAUUGCUUCAUCGCUUUAAGUCAUUUCUUCAUGAAGAAAGAAAAGAUUCUCUGAUUGCAGCAUCUUAAAUGUGAAUAUUUUCUACAAGACAUUUUAAGGAGGUCAUCUUGGGCUUUGGGAACCACUGAAGACACUAAUAGAAGCCAUACGCUCACAUCUCUACCUCUCUCAUCCAAAAGUGAGGGAGCGCUACCACGGCGUGUGGCGAAUGUCGGAGCUGACAUUAGCAAUGAUGUCAAAAUGCAAAUAAAUCAGUAAAUGCACGGGCAAUUAGGUUCUAUCCCCACAGUGGUGGUGUUGAAAUAAAAUCCAGUUCUUUUUCUCUGAGACCGAGACAACACUAUGUAAAAUGCUCUGAAUUUAAUGUUCUUUCUAAGAUACUGGAAUAAUAUAGUGUUUCUACUGCAGUUCUCUGCAGCCUCUCAGUCAGAUAUGCUGUUAAAGGCAGUUACAUGCUGCUGUACAUGGACUUUAAUGGAUGGAAUGUGCAAAUAAAAAUCAGGAUGUUAAAAUAGAAAAUGAAAAACAAACAAAAAACCAGGCACAAAAGAGGAAAAAACUAACUAUGAAUACCAUCUGAGCUGUAAACCGUAAAUCAAAGCUGGUCACGGUGUGUGUGUGUGUGUGUGUGUGUGUGUACCAAACCAAAUCCACCCAGCCAGUGCAAUGUAUUUACUUUAAUAUCUUAAACGGUAAAGUCAUGUCACAAUCUGUGUAACUUGUUUAGCUGCUGCAGAGAUUUCAAAUUAAAAGCCAGUUCUCGAAACCA